AUGGGCAACAUCUGCGGCAAAGAAGAGCCAGACACCUCGCCGCCCGGCCGCGUCCUCGGCUCCGCGCCCGCAGCACAGCGAAAGUCGACGGUCCCCAGAAAAGUCGGCGGCCCCCCGCGAACACUCGGCACCGGCACCGGCACCGGCAUCGGCCCCGGCGAAGCGACCACUUCCCCCGGCGACGCGGGCGACGCGAGAAGGAAGGCCGCCGAAGCAGCAGAGGCCAGAGCAAAAGCAUCCAGCAAACCAGGCGGCAAGCUGCAGAGCCAACUAUCCGCGCAGAAGCGCCAGUCGCGAGCAGAUACCCUCAAGCAAGCCAGCGCGGAGGAGCAGCGGCGGCGGGAGAUUGCAAAUAACGAGGCCACAACGUAUAAUUAG